CACCUCUCGGGCCCCGACUCCCAAACCUCCUCACCAUGGCGACCGUACCACCACCGCCCAGCAAACGGCAAAAGACGGCCGCGGCGGCCUUUGCCCGCGAGCAGCAAGCAGUGCCCGAGAUACCAGAGGGCAGCGUGCGAGUCAAAUUCGUGGACCAAGCGACGGGCGAGAGCGGCGACCUGCCGGUAGUAUCGGUGCCGCUCGCACAAGCCCAAGUCAAGAACCUAGAGACGCUGCUGAACGCGCUGCAAGGACACGACGAGGCGGGCGACCGGAUCCCGUACCGCUUCUUCCACGCGGGGGCGGCGGGCGAGCGGGGCGAAGCGCUGGGCGACGGGGCGGACCUGUGGAGCGCGCUGGUCAAGAGCGGGAAGGCGACGACCGAGACGGAGAUCACGCUGCAGUAUGCGCCGCAGGCCGUGUUCCGCGUGCGCGCCGUGUCGCGGUGCAGCGCGGCCAUUGCGGGCCAUGGGCAGCCGAUUCUGGCGACGCAGUUUAGCCCGGCGAAUUCGAGCCGCAUGGUCAGUGGCAGUGGCGAUGGCACCGCCCGCGUCUGGGACUGCGAUACGAAUACCCCGGCGCAUACGCUCAAGGGCCAUACGAGCUGGGUGCUGGUGGUGAGCUGGAGCCCCGCGGGCGACCUCAUUGCUACCGGCAGCAUGGACAACACGGUGCGGCUGUGGGAUCCGAAGACGGGGGCGGCGCUGGGCGGGCCGCUGAAGGGGCACACCAAGUGGAUCACCAGCGUGGCGUGGGAGCCGUACCAUUUACAAGAACCGGGGCGGCCGCGGCUGGCGUCGUCGAGCAAGGACGCGACGGUGCGCGUGUGGGACGCGGUAGGGCGGAAGGCGGACAUUGUGCUCAGCGGGCACAAGGGCACCGUCAGCUGCGUCAAAUGGGGCGGCACGGGGCUGCUGUACACGGCCUCGCACGACAAGACGGUCAAGGUGUGGAACGCUCGCGACGGCACCCUGCGGCACACGCUGAGCGCCCACGCCCACUGGGUCAACCACCUGGCCCUGUCGACCGACUUUGUCCUGCGCACCGCCUUCCACGAGCACCACCAAGAGAAGCCGCCGGUGACGGACGAAGAAAAGGUCGCCCGCGCCCGCUCGCGCUUCGAAAAGGCCGCCUCCGUCAACGGCGCCCUCGUCGAGCGCCUCGUCUCCGCCUCCGACGACUUCACCAUGUACCUCUGGGAGCCCUCAACCCAGACCAAGCCGCUGGCGCGCCUGCUCGGCCACCAGAAACAGGUCAACCACGUCACCUUCUCCCCGGACGGGCUGUACAUUGCGAGCGCGGCCUUCGACAACCACGUCAAGCUGUGGAACGCGAGCACGGGCGCGUUCAUCAGCACGCUGCGCGGCCACGUCGCCCCCGUCUACCAGUGCUGCUUUAGCCCGGACUCGCGGCUGCUGGUGUCGGCGUCCAAGGAUACCACGCUCAAGGCUUGGGAUGUGCGGACGGGGAGGAUCGCGAAUGAUUUGCCGGGCCAUCUGGACGAGGUUUAUGCUGUGGAUUGGAGCCCCGAUGGGAAGGGCGUGGCGAGCGGGGGGAAGGAUAAGGCUGUGCGGAUUUGGCGGCAUUAGGAGGG